UAUACUGUUCAUUUACAUUAGGGUUUAUUGUUGCUGCGGUGCUGCCUCGUGUGGCACUCUCUGUCCCUCACAGCCUCACUCCACCAAUUACCAGAGGCAGAGUCUUCUUCUUCUUCAUCAUUCCUCAAUUUCUCACAGACGGUGACAUGGGGAGAAGAAACGGGGGAAGGCCACUGUUCGGAACUCUCCGUCGUCGAUUGGAUUCGUGCAAGUCCCGCUACACCACCGUCGAUGACAUCGUUAACCACCUCCGCUCCACUUACCCCGAUUACCAGCGCACCAAGCAGCAAGCCCUCACUCGAUUAGUUCAACAAGUCCUCGAGCCACGUGCCAAACCCGCGGCGCCCAAAGUCUCUCCCACGCGCAGGGUUCAUGAUGACGACGAAGACGAUGACGAAGAAGGAGGUCGAAGCGCGCCGCGAAGGAGACGGAAUACAAUCGACCAAGGCGAAGAAAGGUUGCAGAAGAUGGAGGCUUUGCACCUGCGAAAAAGGAUGCAGGGAGAAGAGGAAGCUCAGGGUUCUGCAUCUACGUCCUCUGCUUCAAGCUCGAGCGCGUCCGGGAGCAGCGGCAGUGAGGAGGAGGAGGAUGAUGAUGAUGAUGAAGCAGUAUCUAUGUCGACAUCGGAGGACGCAAUUUACGGGGAGAAGUACGAACCUGCUUUCGAUUUGAUGAAGACGAUGCUGCGGAAUAAGUACACUCCCAAAAAGGAUGAUAAUGUGAGGAAGAAGAAGCCAGUUGUGGAGGAUAAGAACGUUGAAUUGGAGGUGGCCAAUAAUAGCAAGGUUACUAACGAGCUUUGUGCUGUGAACGGAGGCAGAGGCAGAGGCGAAGCGAAAGCUGCUGUGAAGGAUGUGAAUUCAAAGGGUUCCGUUUCGAAUGGCACCGGUGGUGGUGGCAGCGAUGUUGAAUUGAAACAGAAGACGGGACCCAGGUUCAGUGAUUUGGGUGGAAUGCAGGAUGUUUUGGAGGAGCUGAUGGAAGUGAUCGUGCCAUUGUAUCGUUCCGAGUUGCCAAGAGAGCUGGGUGUUACUCCUACUACUGGAAUCUUGCUGCAUGGGCCACCUGGUUGUGGCAAGACCACACUGGCUCACGCCAUAGCUAAUGAGACCGGUCUUCCCUUCUAUCAGAUAUCAGCUACUGAAUUGGUUUCAGGAGUCUCAGGUGCAUCUGAAGAGAAUAUUAGAGAGCUUUUCACUAAAGCAUAUAGGACUGCCCCAUCAAUCGUCUUCAUUGAUGAGAUUGAUUCAAUUGCUUCGAAAAGAGAUAAUUUACAACGAGAGAUGGAGAAGAGAAUUGUAACACAGUUACUGGUUAGCAUGGAUCAAUCAAGUAGCUGUAUGCAAUCCGCUAAUGAUUCGGACAGUUCUAAAGUUCAUUCUGGCCAUGUUCUUGUAAUUGGAGCAACAAAUAGGCCUGAUGCUCUUGACCCGGCCUUGAGAAGGCCUGGGCGGUUUGAUCGUGAGAUUGUUAUGCUUACACGCAAUCUUAAACUUGAGGGUUCAUUGGAUCUUAAACAUAUAGCAAGAUCUACGCCAGGAUACGUCAGUGCUGAUUUGGUAGCUGUGGUUAAGGAGGCUGGUAAUUUGGCAAUAAAGAGAAUCCUUUCUAGAAGGAAAUGGGAACUAUCUCAGGGUCUUACAAGGUGUCUUGGAGACUGGUGGAAGGAACCUUGGUCUCAUGAAGAUGUGGAUAAGCUUUUUUGCACAAUGUCUGAUUUUCAGGAAGCAGUGAAAAAGGUGCAACCUUCAUUAAGAAGAGAGGGCUUCUCAUCCGUUCCCAAUGUGAAAUGGGAAGAUGUUGGGGGCCUUGAUUGUUUAAAGGAGGAGUUUGAAUCCAGUAUAAUAAGGCCGAUAAAAUAUCCCGAGGUUUAUCAGACAUUUGAGGUGGUAAAUGAGACGGGAAUUUUGCUUUUUGGGCCCCCUGGUUGCGGUAAAACUCUUAUUGCCAAAGCUGUUGCCAACGAGGCAGGAGCUAAUUUCAUUCAUAUUAAGGGGCCUGAACUCUUAAAUAAAUUUGUUGGAGAAAGUGAGCGAGAAGUUCGACGAGUGUUUAGUCGUGCAAGGGCAUGUUCACCCUGUAUAGUAUUUUUUGACGAGGUGGAUGCUCUAUCAACCAAACGUGAUUCGGAAGGUGGAUCGGUAGUCGAACGAGUAGUGAACCAGUUACUUAUUGAGCUAAAUGGUGGUGACCAGCGCCAAGGUGUUUUUGUUAUUGGUGCUACAAAUAGGCCCGAUGUGAUGGAUGAGGCUCUCCUCCGUUCUGGUAGACUUGGUAAAUUUCUUUACGUUCCUGUGCCGAACGCCGACCAGCGAUUUUCAAUAUUGAAAGCUCUUGCAAGGAAGAAGCCUGCUGAUUCUACUGUGGAUUUGAGAGCCAUAGCUGAAGCUUGUGAAAAUUUUAGUGGCGCAGACCUUGCUGCAUUGAUGAAUGAAGCAGCUAAAGCUGCUGUCAAUGAGAAAUUGACCUCAGUUGAAGCUACUAGUGAUACUAAUACAUACAUGCCAAGGCAUUUUGAGAUAGCACUUACUAAAGUCUCUCCCUCCGUGUCUCCCGCGGAAAGGCGAAGGUAUGAGCGUUUGGCAGAGCGCUUUAAAGUAUCAUGAGGAUCCAUGGCACUGGCUAUUCUGAGAAAUAUUAUACUUGGAGUUCAAAUGGAGUUCAAAUGUUUAUUGUGGUUUGUUUUAAUUUUAUCUUAGUGAUCUCCCUAUGUUUUGCUCUUUUGUUUAUAAGUUUAAUAUUUUAUUUCGGAAAAUUAAUAUUGCCACUCUAAUUUUGAUAAUACGACUCUGUUUUUUUUAAUAUAAAUUAAUGCAAAUAUACAAUACAAAAAAAUCAUACAUAGAGUAGCAUUAUCAAAAAUAGGAGUGGAUUUAUUAUUUCCCAUUAUUUAGAUGAAGUUGUUUUCUCCUAAAGACAAUAGAUGAAAAUUAAAUUAUUAGAUAGCUUAACAUUUUCAUUAAAUGAUUAUUUAACGGGUUUUUAUUAUUAUC